AUGAUCUUUACGAACUUCAAAAUAUUAUCCAUAGAAAUACUAGUGUUUUUAUUGCUACUAUUACAUAUUGAUAAGCCUAAAAAUGUUAAUCUUGUAAAAACGGAUAUAUACAAUGGAUUUGUUCAGGAAAAUGCAAGAUAUUUAGCGGAACAAUAUAUUAAUAAAAAAAUGGAUCAAACUUUACAACAUAGAGCACAACUCAGAACAGCCCAAAAUGUAUAUAGAAAAAAGCAACAAAAAAAAAAAAAAAAGAAAUUACCAAAAUCGGAAAGAAGAAAUGCAGAAGAAAGAGCAUUAGCAAUAAAUGAUUAUAUAGAUUACUUAAAGGAAACCUGCAACGGAAGUGAAAAACUCAUGAGACUUAAAUAUAUUUCAUACCUAAUUACAUAUAUGGAUAUAACAUAUAAACAAAAAGAAAAGCUUCUAGAUCUCGUUGAGCAAUAUAUAUAUAGUAACAUUGAACAUGAGAAAAAAAAAUUAUCUAAAUUUAUAGAUCCUUAUAUAAAUAAAGAAGACGAUGAAAAAUCUAAAAUUAAUUUUCAAAAUAUUCUUUAUGAAAAAAAAAGGAUAGAAUCCUUAAAAUAUUCUGAAUUAGAUUUGUUUUUAUACACUAUAUUUCCCUACAUGUAA